AUGGUUCAGCAACCCGGCAGCGAGGAUCAUCUGAUCCACGCUCACCUGCGGAACGCGUUGGAGGUGGAGGUGCUGGAGGAUGUGUGCGAGGAGGAGCUGGACGAGCUCAUCCCCAACCCCUUCUACCCUGACCCUGUUGCCGCUGCUGAUGUUGCCCUGGUGGCGGAAGCUGGAGAGGGGGGGGCGACGGAGGAGGACUCCGAGGAGGAUGACUACGAGGAGGACAAGGAGGAGAGUGAGGAGUCAUCGGACGAUGAGGACGAGAGCGAAGAGGAGGACGAGGGUGAGGCAGAGGAGGAGGUGGGAGGUGGACAGGGAUGGGACGAUGAUGACGACUGGUGGAAGGAAGGGCGAUAUGACGGGGAGGAGGUUGAGGAAUGGGUUGCUGGGUAG